AUGAGUAGUACAGAUGAUCCUAUCAAUAAAUCACUUAGGGAAUCUCAUGAAUCAUCACAUUUGUUACAAUCACCUCGAGACAUUGACUUAACUUUGACAUCCGAGAUUAAACUUGAGGUACCGAAUGUUAUUUCCACAUUAAGUCACGAAGAUGAAAUUAAUCAACUAUUUGAUGAUGCAACUCAACCUGCUUCUGGGGACUUAAAAUCAACAGUUAAAACAGAGGAUAAACCACAAGAACAACUUCAUGAAGAUGAUCCUAAAGCAGUGCCGUUAAUUUCUCCAAUUGACGAAUCGAAAACAGCAAGUACUUCAAUAUCACCAAACCUUUUUCCAGCAGAUGGAAAACAAACACCGACAAACCAGAAGGAACUAAGGCGUAAAUCAACUUUUGUGCCAGUUACUUCAGACACUAAAAUUAUGGACGUUUCAGAAGAAGACAAUUCAAGAAUUUCUGCCUAUGCCAGAUUGGAUUUUGAUAACUUUACAUUUUUCGUACAAACUUUACAAGUUGUUUUAGGGAGAAAAUCUAAUGAUGAAUCUUUACAACAAAAUGUCGAUGUUCAUUUGUCUUCCAAAAAGGCGAUUUCUAGAAGACACGCCAAAAUCUUUUAUAAUUUUGGAUCCCAGAGAUUUGAAAUUACAAUUUUAGGAAGAAAUGGGGCAUUUGUUGAUAAUGUUUUUGUUGGAAAAGGAUUAACUGUUCCAUUGAAGGAUGGAACCAAAAUUCAAAUUGGUGAUAUUCCAUUUCAAUUUGUACUUCCACCAUCUAGCGAAUCAAACAAAGAAAGAGAAUUCGAAUCGUCAUCGAAACAAUUCAAUCCUUCUGACGCAAUCAAUUUAAAAUCAAAUCUUUACUCAGCAACCCCUACCCCUAAAGCAUCUCCAAAAAAGAAGUCAGUUGAUGAUUCGAAAUCAAAACUUGAAACUGAACCACCACUAGCGAAGGCUAAACCUACAUCUCGAAAGUCUUCUGCAUCUAAUCAAGCAACAGCAAAAUCAAUAUCACCAAAAUCAUCCACUACAACUACCAAAGCGGCAACUGAUUCCGCUAUAUCCGCAACUCCAGCACCAGCACCAGCACCAUCAACCCCAACCCCAACUACAACUACAACUCCAACCCCGACCAACACCACCACAUCGACAACUGCGGCGCGCAAAAAUUCCAUUCAAAGAAGAAACUCACUACUAAAAAUCAGACGAUUAUCCAACGCAAGAAGAAAAUCAUUAGCAGCUAAUGAUGAAAUCAAUGAAUUAUUGAAGGAUUUGGGAGUGACAUCAAUUGAUGCUAUCAAUGAAGAAAAUUCUGAUUUAUUAGAUGCUCAAAUUCAAAGUUUAUUAGAUGAAGAUAGUGAGAAUUUGGGUGGAUUAGAAGACAGCUUAAUGAAAUUAGCAGAAUUUAAUGAGUCUGCCAUUGACGAUGGUGACGACGAAGAAGAAGAUCCUAACAAGAGUACAGCCGCUGAUACUACUACCACCACUGCCACCAACAGUACGACCAAAAACAACAACAAUAACAACAGCAGUAACAAUAACAACGAUAAUCAUGAGUUUGAUCGUCUUGUCAAAGGAAUUGAACAUGAUGCACUUGAUGAUGAAAUUAAAGACAUUGAUGCAAGUUUGUCACUAUUAAACCAAGAAAUUGCGCAGUUGGAACCAUUGAUUGACGAACAUAAUCAAGGAUUAAUGAGAGAAAAGGAAGAAAAGAAGAAACAAUUGGAAGAGCAAAAAAGAAAAAAGCAAUUGCAACAGUUACAAAGGAAGAAUACAUUGGCAAAAUUACCUUUGCGCUCAGCCCCACUUAUGGGAAAACCAGCAUCUAUACAACCACCAGCAUCAUCAUCCAUCUAUAGUCGCAUCAAUGGAUUGGAUAAAAUUGGCAAAAUUAUUCCACCGAGACAACCACCCCCAAAAUUGGUUGCUCCUGUAUUAUUAAUAACUUCUGAACCUUCCGCAAUUCGUUCACGACCACCACUUCGUGCAAUAACUGUUAGUGAUGCUUCAUACCUUGCCACAUUCUCAUAUCCAAAGACUAUUGAAGAACCUUCCAAAUAUCCAAAACCUAAACUCAAGAAAGAACCUCAUAAGAAAUCAUCCAAGAAAGUUUACACUACUGAUGAAAUCCCAACCCAAUAUCGUUCCAAGCCAAAUAUCAAUUUCCAGACUAUGAUUACCAAUGUUUUAAAAACAGAGGCAGCAAGAAAUGGGUUAACAAUUAGUGAGAUAACAGAGGCUAUUAGGGAAGUUUAUCCUUACUAUAAAUAUUGUCCGGAUGGAUGGCAAUUUUCGGUCAAUCAUUGUAUUAAGUUUACAAAAAUCUACAAGAGGUUACUGAAAAGAGGCAAUGAAUGGUUAUAUGCCAUGGAUGAGUUGUAUAUCAAUGAACGUGAGAACAUUAGAAUCAAACAAAGAGAAUUAGCAAAAGCUAGAGCCAAAGCAGAAGCCAUGAGACAAGAAGAGAUUAGACAACGACAAAGGUUAGAGGCCCAGAAAUCGUUGUCUCAUAAUAUUGUUGGGAGAAACUUUGCACUGCCUUAUCCUAAUACAAGAGUUCCAUCUAAUCAAUAUGGUCAGUAUGUUGCAGGUAGUGCCACUGGUACUUCUAACCAAGGAUAUGGUACAGGAACAACUGCUGGAACUUCUGGAGGUCAAAAAACGAUUAAAGCUCAAUUGGCAGCGGUUAGAGGUAACACCAAUUCCUCUUCAUCAAAACAAACUCUGCCGGGAUUACCAUCAAUGGAUGAUCCUAGGACUCAGAAAUCAUUGGUUUAUUUGCGAAAAGAAUUAUUUACUUUAUAUAAAGCAAGAAAGUUGACUUACGAUUUACCUACUGCUACAUCACUUAUCACAAAAGCAGUGGCAACCACCAUUGCUCAAGUCAACAGUAUUGGUGCCAAAAGGGGAGCUGGGGACAAUGCAUUGGGAUAUUUGGUUGAACAAGCUCCACAACAAGUUAGUAAAAUUCUAGGAAUUGCAUUGAAUAAUGCAAUUAAAGAGCACGAGGGCCAUUCAUCAGGACCAUCGUCUCGUUCUGCGACCCCUGCUAGUAAAUCAACAACUUCAAUAAGCAAAGUAUCAACUCCUGCUCCUGCACCUGCUUCUGCACCUGUUGUUACACCAACAUCAACAACUGCACCUGUUCCAGCUAAGAUCACACAACCAGCAGCACCAAUUGUCACUCCUGCUGUGAAAAGUACUACACCUGCCAAGAUACCAACCACAACCGCAACACCACCAUCAAUAUCAGCAUCACCAGUGGUAGUUAAAACAGAACCAAAGUCACCUGCACCACAACCGCCAGCUAGUUCUACCACAACUAAAUCAUCUCCUACUGCUGCAGUUGUUGCUUCACCACCAGCACCACCAUCAACUAAAGAGACAAUUAAAUCACCGCCUACUACUGCAACAACAACAACAACAACCCCUACUGUUCCAGCACCAGCACCAGCACCAGCACCAGCACCAGUACAAAAACCAAAACCAACACCUCCAACAAACUUACCAAGGCCACUGUUUGGUAAACCACCAGGUUUGAAACCUGGUGCUUCUUUAGGUCGUCCACUGGCAUUUGGAAAACCACCAAGUGCAGCGGGUGGUGGAUUUUCUAGAGCUGCACCUACAUUUUUAUCAAAUAAACCAAGUUUCCAAAGUACUAAGAGAGAAUUGGAAUCAGAUGAUUCAGAAAAAGCGACUAAGAUUCAAAAGACAGAAUAA